GUGGUCCCGACAGAGGACUACCUGUACUCUUUUUGUCCUGCCCUUAUCCUAAGAUCGAGUCUGUGAAAAAGGACCAGCGUUUGAGCCCUAAAGGACAAGGCCGAGGCUUUCCUGGGCCCUUAAAAUGAGCCGAAAAGGUGGCAGCUAAGAGUGCCAGAGGAGAAAGUUCAUUUUGAGAGAAAGGGUCCUUAAAGAUUCCCCGGGAGAGCGAAGGAAUUGAGCCGAGGCUGAGAUUCGCUGACCUCCAGCGGCAGAAAGAGUUAAAGCGAAGGCGGGGAGAGAGAGAGAAAGGCGCUCCACCUUCGGCUGGCUUAGGGGCAAGGAGUAACUCGGGCUGGGAGAGCCACAGGUAGGCGGCGGCCUUGAUGGUUGUUAUUGGGCUGCUUAAAGAAAGCUCUCGCGCCAGAUUCCUGGUGAGACGGAUCGUCCUGCGCUCCCUUUCCCGCUUCGUCUUUUUCCCAGGGUGGAAGUGCGGUUGCUUUGGACAAGAAGCAAGGAGUGGUGGAUCCCAGGUGACCGAGCGCCUUCGGGGGUCGGGCGAGUACAGCCCCUUUCUUCCAGCCCGCUUCCUCGCUGAUUUCCAGGAGCAUCGGCUCUGCCCUCCUGUUCUUCCGUUCGGAGCUGCCCGGCAGCGGCGGCUCAAAAGCUCCGGAUUCCGCUCCCCGCCACGCUCCGCUCUUGCAGCGCCUUAAGCGGGCUUAAGCGGCGGGCGGGCAGACCGGCGGACGAGCCAACUCUUCCCAACAACGCUCGCUCCGGCGCAAUGUACCUGUGGCGAUUCCCCUGCGGGCCCUGGGCUGACGGGGCUGACGGCCACGCCAGCUCUUAGCUCCGGCCUUUUUAAAUAACGACCGCGAGAAGGAGAAAGGGAAAAAGCUCGGCCUUCUUCGGGCACGAGACCCGGCAGCGCAAAGCCUCCGCUUGGGUUGGAUGCCUGUCGCUUUCCGCCCGGAGAAGCGGAAGCCCUAACGAUGCCUUUCCCUCUGAGGACCGUGGCUCCCCUCCACCUCUGCCGCUUGGAAGAGGGCGCUGCCGCCCUUCCGAGGGACAAAGAAGGGCACGCCAGGAGGAGCGGCGCAGGGCUCCUCUUCGACUCUUUGGAAGAAGUCUGUUCCCGCUCGCUGGUCUCCCUCCUCUGGCAGCUCUCGGACCUUUCCCGCUGGGCCAGCGACAUCUUCGGCGGGAUCCAGAGCGAAGCCGACAGCUUAGGGCGCCGGAGCGUCCGGCUCCGGUGCCGGUUGGAGUCCCUCAAGGCUCUCGCCGGUUGCCUGGACCAUCGCAAAGUCAAAGUCCCUGUCUCCAACCUAGAUGAAGAGAGUAGAUGGACAGUUCAUUAUACAGCUCCCUGGCAUCAGCAGGAGAAUGUCUUUUUACCUUCCACCAGGCCACCCUGCGUAGAGGAGCUGCAUCGUCAAGCCAAAUUGAAUUUGAAGUCCGUGUUGAGAGAAUGUGACAAACUUCGGAGAGAUGGCUAUAGAAGUUCUCAAUACUAUUCUCAGGAUCCAACAUUUUCAUCUUCAUCCAACACACUCUGAAGUUACCAAGAUGAUUAUGAAGAAAUUGAACAGAAGUCUAGUCUGUUAGACUGCCUCUCUCAGUCUUGCUUAAGUGCCUGCUGUUAUUUGAUGUCAUGGACGAUCAAGGUAUCAAGCCCACUCCAGAAUCAUCCAGCUGAGGAGAAGCUUAUUCCUGUCAAAAGACCCAAAUCACCACUCCAUGAUGAAUUAUCUGACAUCAAUACUCAGACAAAUGGGACCAAAUCACUUCUGCCAACUCCAGAGGAAAAGAUGCGACAACAGCUCAGCAGUCCCGGAUGUAUCCCUAUUAAUGUAACAGGGGAGAAUUUUGACCGCCAAGCCAGCAUACGGAGGUCUUUGAUUUACACAGACACUGUGGUAAGGCGGCCGAAGAAGAUGAAAAGGAGAAAGACUAUUACAGGAGUCCCUGACAACAUCCAAAGAGAGCUAGUUGGCAAUGGCAAAUAUGACAUCCGGGGCCAUUCAUUGUGUGUCCCUGAUCAUUAUUCUAUAGGAAGACUUGAGAGCUGUCAGUCUUCUAUGCAGCAAUGUGGCACCAAAGACUCAGCUGUCAGCAGAGAAGUUAAAGUGGUGCCACCUUCAGUUAGGCGAAUACGUGCUCAGAAAGGUCACGGAAUUGCCGCCAGAUGUCACAGUUUUCCAGGUUCUUCUGGAAACAUGUCUGUGAUGAGUGAUUCUGCUGGAGUCAUGCCUACUUGUCGCCUAAAUAAUGACCUGGGAUUUCACAGUCUACCUCGGUCUGGAGCAAGAGUGUCCCUACAGUCUGAACGUAGGCAUAGUCUCUCCAAGUCAACAGAAAGUGGUCCUUUGUUACAUCAUGUAGGUGUGUGGCAAGGGAAUGAAAAAAUAGAUGAUAUGAGAAAUGGCUGUAGGAUAAAAUGGGCUACAGAGGCCAAAAUCUCAAGAAUUACUCUGAGAAUGGAAAAAACAGAAGGCACAGCAUGUAUGAUCUCUCCACAUGUUGCCUAUUCUACCAUCAUCACACCAAAUGCUUCCCGAUCCUCUUCAGACGUUAUGAAUAACAACCCGGCAGAGAAUUCCGAGACAAUAGAUAAGAAAAUGAUGAACUCUUCUUUGUAUCUAAAGUCCAGAGACAAUCUAGUUGGCAGUGGUACAAUAAAUGCAAAAGAUCAACGUUGUUCUUCUAAUGGCAGCUGGAGUGACACCAGCUCAACACAUCACUCACAUUCUUCAGACACCACUAUCUCAUCCAAUGGUGUAAUGGUGUUUGUGUCCUUUUGUGAUACAGGAACUACAGAAAGUAUCCCCCAAAGUGUGACCUAUAAUUUUAGGAACAAUCACCAUUUGUCAAGCCAUUCUCACAACAUCAACGGUAGAAGUGAACCAAGUUACACUGUGGACAACAUACAGGACAAAGUUAAACAAAAUGCAAAGCACUGUGGAGUCAUGCAUUGUGGAAAUGACACCACCACCUUACACAUGUCAAAAUGUGCCAUUCCAGGUUGCUCCAGCUCUGACACCCUUGAAAGAGUCUUAGCUACAGAAGACUCACACUCUUUUUCUGUGGACAGUGAUGUCUGUUACCCUUCUAUGCAUGUGGAUUCAAAUGCCCAAUCUGUUAAAAGCUGCGGUGAAAAUGGCUUUGCAAAUCCCAGGCAUAGUGUCAUUAAUGUGUUUGCUGGAACCGAGAAGAAAUCUCUGGAAGAUUUUGCAAGUUCCAAUGACAAGUCACUCACACGUAGCAUUUCCUUAAAAAAGGCAAAAAAACCACCUCUCCCACCAUCCAGAACAGAUUCUCUUAGAAGAAUCCCCAAGAAUAAACCUCAGACCAGCGGACAAGUACUGGAUGAUAAACUGAUAGCUAGCCUUCAACAUUCGUUGCAACUGAACCUCCAGUGCAAAAAUGGCAGCUUGCCGUCACAAAGUCCCUGCAGUGAUUACGAUGAUCCUUGGGUGCUGCGGUCUCGUAGCCAGAGCACUGUGAGUGGCAGUAGCAGCAUGAUGUCUGCCACAGGACUGAACAUGUAUUCCAUCUGUGCAGUCACACCAGCCCAGAGUGACACAAGUAGCAUCAAGUCAGAAUACACUGACCAGUGGUGUUACUAUAGUGAGUAUCCUGGGAUUCAAGAUGACCAUUUAAAAUCCACAGCAAUUCAUUCCUCUAAUACCGUACCAAAGCUAAUUGAUUAUAAUGUUAGUCACGUUAGUGAUGGGUCAAGGGCUUCUAUACCACAAGUGCCCUCUGUAGUGGCCAAAACAAAAGCUAUUUCUCCAGAAAAAUCUCAGAGAGUUACAUCGCCAUCUAGUGGGUAUUCUAGCCAGUCGAACACACCCACAGCACUUACACCAGUGCCUGUCAUUCUAAAGUCUAUGUCAACGGGAAAUGCGAAGUCCAAGAUGAAGCCUAGAGUGCCUGAAAGAAAAUCAAGUCUACUGUCUUCUGUUUCAGUCUCUUCCUCUUCCACCUCUCUGUCAUCAAAUACAUCUGCAGAAGGAAAUGAGAAACCUGAUUCUACUCUGAGCUUACCUUCCGUUACAUCAUCUUCCCUACUAUCUUCAGAUUCUAAUGACCCUAUUCUUCCUCCCCCACCACCUCCCCUAACAGAUGUUACUGAUCUUCCCCAGUCACUUGAAUCCCCAAGUUUUCCACCUCCUCCCCCAGAUGUUGUCACAAACACUUCUUUUCCUCAGAAUAUUGGAUGGUUUAAAAAUCAAGAUACUUCAAAUCAUUCUUCUCAUUCAUUACUUCCUGAUUCUUCUCAUCACCUCCCACCGCUUUUCCAACUUCAGUUCCUCCCCCACCCCAUGCCCUCCCCAGAGCAAUCUGGAUUUCUCAGCAAGCCUCAGGAUAUAUUGCCAAACAAGAAGCCACCGCCUGUUUCAAAGAAACCCAAACUGUUCCUCAUUGUGCCACCCCACAGCCUGAUGUUACAACAGAGAAAGCUGUGGGUGAAACAGCAAAAAGCAUUCCAAGUACCACUACGAAGGAUGCUGAAAUUGCACAGUACAGCCAGCAAAUGCAGCAGCCAGCUUUUUGCUACAGAGCCAAAGCUAUGGGAAGGCAGUGAGAUAUGGCAGUGCCAAGUCGACCAGGACGACCGAGGAUCUUUUGCAGCCAUUCACAGAUCCAAAAGGAAAGUCCUUGGCCGCAAAGAUUCUGAGGAAGAUCACACUGUCAAUCAUUCUACAUCGCCCCCAGUUACACCUACUGGUUCUUCCCCAAACCUGUUUUCCCCGAGGCAGACGGGGUCAAUUCAGAGAAAUAUUCGCAAGAGCAGCACCAGCAACGACAACUUCAAAGCACUCCUUCUUAAAAAGGGAAGCCGCUCCGACACCAGCUCUCGUAUGUCUGCAGCAGAGAUGCUAAAGAAUACAGACCCAAGAUUUCAAAGAGCUAAAGUAGAUUCUAUCGGAGAUCUGAUGAGUGAGAGCAUAGUGGGUUCUCCAACCAAGACCAAAAGGCCCCAGGAGGAAUGGGCCAAGAGUGAAGGCCUGAUGCCAAGGAGUCUGUCUCUAUCCAGCACAAGAUACAGCAGAUCUCGAACCCCGCCCUCUGCCGCAAGCAGCAAGUAUAGCUCUCGAAACCGGAUCCCGAGUAGCCCUAUGACUGUUAUCAGUGAGGGUGAUGUAGAAGUCAUUGAAUCUGCAGAAAACAGAACUCGCAGGUUUUCAGAAGAGGAACUGCCCGAUGUAUUUGAGAGUGAUGAUGCGGAUAGUAAUGAAAAUAGAGAUUCUACUGAGAUUGACAAUAUGCUCAAGGACUUGUUAUCUUAAUGGGUAACACAGAAUGCCCUUGUGGGUUUUUUUUUUAAUAUUAGCAUUUAAACUAAAAAAAAAGUUUAAUGAGGUUUAAGAAGCUGGACUUUCAUAUGUAACAAGUAAGGCACAGAGUCAAAGUACAAUUUAGGGUGAAUUUGUGUAUGGGAUACUGUAUAGAUGAUGCAGUAGGCUGAUAUUCUGUUCAACUCAACUUGGUCUGACUUCUUUGUUUGGAAGAAACUAGUAACCAGACCUCUGCAUUCAAGCCUUAAUAACAACAACAUAAUAUUAAUGACAGUUCUUGGAUUCUAGUUUGAGCAUGUUUUCUUUUUUUCUUUUCUUUUUUGAGGGUUGUAAAAAAACUAUGUAAAUCUGCAAAACAACAACGGGAAGCUUCUGUGGUACAGGUGGCAGUAACUUUUUAAGUAUUAUAUUUAUAAAACCUAGUAAACUUUCCACAGGGACUUUUGAAAGAAAUGUGCAGCCUAUUAGUUAGCAGGACUGGCAUUUCCCACUGCUGCUUCUGAUGUGAUCUAGUCUCCUCUUGUGAGCUAACCAUGUCCUAAUAAUAUAACAAGGUUUAAAUUUUGAAAAUUACAUCUGGAAAAGAAAAAAAAAUACAGAAGUGAUACAGAAGUGACUGCUGUGCAGCCAUAUUACAAUCCAUCUGCUUGGAUUUCAGAAGCCAUUUAUUCUGUGUGGUUUCUCUGAAUAAACUUUGAGGUAUCCUUUUGGAGACCCAAAUAGUUGUAGGCUUAUAAUGGGAUGUAGAUAUAUUCAGGGGAACAUAAUAAGCAGCCAUUAAUGUUUCAGUUUUAAGUAAAUGCAACAUUGGAGAACUUACACCAUAGAACUGUGAAGAAUACAUUUUCCUUUUCUAUUAAACUGUAUUGUUAGCAUUUGUUUGUCAAAAAGGGAGAAGAGCUUUGAAUAACAUAUCACUUGAAAGUUUCAACAGUAACUAUCUUUUUGUUACCAAAGAGUGCACUACAAUUACUUUUACUUUUUAGAAUUUAGGAAUAUUCCUAUUCCUGGCUAGGAAUAGCCAGCAUUUCCUUGUUUGGGGAAAUAAUAUUGCUAUUUAGAAGACUUUAAUGUUUAUUAAAAUUUUUAUCAUGAUUUAAAAAAAAAUAACAUUUUCUUCCUUGUAAAGAAAACUACAGACAACAUAACUGCAGUUUUGUAAAGAAGCUUUUAAUUUUUGAAAAGGAAUUUUGCAUAAGUUGAUAGUCUGUAAGGUUUUUAUAAUAUUUGUACAUAAUGGAAGUUCUUAAGGUAAUUUUUGUUUUCUCAGAGUUUGGAAUUUCUACAUUUUUAGAUGUUAAGAAAAAUCCUGUGUAGAUAAUUAUUUUGAUGAAAAACACUUGACUCCUUUUUUGCCUUCCAUCUAUAUUGUUAUACUGUAUAUUUCAGGGGUCUUCAUUCAACUGAAGAAGAUGAUGGAGACAAUGCUGUGAUUCUGCUUUAAUAAACAAGGCUGCCAUUUGUCAUCUUGUGACUCGAGUUAAUGACCAUUCUGUUUACAUACAUCUUCUUAAAUGAAUAUUAGCAGAGGAUCAUAUUGGAAAUCCAGAUGCUAUCAAUAAAACGUAUUAUUAGAUGA